GAAAAGGAGGACGAAAAAAAAAAGUGAAACGAACAAGUGCCCCUGUUCACCCGUACACUAGCGCGAGCUGCUGGCGUUCCGUCGCGCCGCCUUAAACCAUGCGUGUACGCAAUUGCGCGGGAAAACUGGCCACGACGAAAGGAUUGGCAAGCGACCUCAAAAAGGGGAACACACCCGACUUAUUUAUCACGCCCAAGUGCUUUUAUUUUUUUUGUCCGUUUCUUCGUGCGCCCCCUUAGCAGCUGACCAACGCCCCCGUGUUAGGCUACCACCCGCGGAACUCCCCCUUCCACGUUUUUUUUUUCGCCCUUUUGUGUAGCCCAUUUGUGUAGCCCAUUUGUGUAGCCCUUUUGUGUUGCCCUUUUUCGCCGCCCCCUUUUGCCGCCCUUUUUUUUGCCGCCCUUUUUUUUGCUGCCCUUUUCGCCCCCCACCGCACAACAUGCCAAAUGACUUCAUGAGGAAUACCGAGAUUAACAAAAAAGACAACAAGUUCCCCUACUGCGUCGUGUUCGCCUACCUACCAUGCGCGUCCACCUUCAUCCCCGUAGUGGGGCACGUCGGAAUCGGCACCUCAUCAGGCGUAAUUCACGACUUCUCCGGAUCGUACACCAUCUCAGUUGACAAUAUGGAAUUUAGCGACCCAAUGAAGUACUGGCAGCUGGACAAGAAUAAACUUCCUCUGGCCAUCACUGACAAGUUCUACGAUGACGCCAUCUACCAAGCGGACGACGUGUUUUCCAAAAGGAAGCAUAACCUACUAGUCAAUAACUGCCACCACCACGUGGCCAUGGUCCUGAAUAACAUCAAGUAUAAGGGGAGGUCCGACUGGACCCCUUUCAAGGUGUUCCUAAAUCUGAUGAUCCAUGGCCAUUUCGUCUCGUGGAAAUACUUUUUCGUGCUGUACGGACCCUUCCUGUUUAUCCUCCUGCUGCUGGUCUUCCUCGCAGUCGCCUUUUAGCUCCUGCAUGCAGGUGGACGCCUCCAUCACUCGACGUGGAGAUAAUCCAUCUGCGCACUUCCCACAUAUGUUAGCCCUAGUGGGGGAAGAGCCCUUUCCCCCCAAACGGACGUCCCCAUACGUACAUACCAGAGCCCUACAUACACAUCUUGGCGCACUUUGGGGAAGAUUUUACUCCAGUCUAUGCAUCACCUCC